GGCUUGCGGGCUUUGGAAAUAAGGCUUAAUGCGUGUCACAUUGUGACCAUAUGUUAACACAAAAUAUCACCUUUUCAUAGCCACCUGGAAAAUACGUCCUUAAAGCAAGAACAAAAGAACAACAACAAUAACUCUGUUGCCCCGAUGCACAUUUGGGGAAGACUGGCUGAUGGGUGUCAAGAAGAGCUGGAAGAGGCACGAAUCCGGGCCACAAUUGUGUUAAACCGAGGCGCGACAUUCGGAAGCGCCACCGCAACGCCCUCAGUGCAUCUGGCGACCGAGGCUCUGCCCGUUGGACAAUAAUUUGUCAUAUUUGUAGGCGAACUUGUGGACGGGUGGGAGAAGCAGGUGGGUCUGAGACGGGGCGGCAUCACAUGACUGCAGCACACACACCGACACACUGGGGCUCCUGCUCCAUGUAAACAGAGCAUCGUCCUCCUCCUCCUUCUCAGCAUCAGCAUCAUCCCAGCGUCCUCCUGGCCGAGCUCGUCCAGCCAUGCCAUGGAUACUCUGUGGCAGUACCAGUUCAGGAUCAUCCUGCUAGGGGACUCCACGGUGGGCAAGUCGUCUCUGCUCAAGCGCUUCACGGACGGCGUGUACAGCGACGUGGCGGACCCCACGGUCGGCGUUGAUUUCUACGCGCGAUCGCUGGACAUCGAGCCUGCGGUGAAGAUCAAGCUGCAGCUCUGGGACACGGCGGGCCAGGAGCGGUUCAGGUCAAUAACCACCUCUUACUACCGCAACUCUGUGGGCGGGCUGCUGGUCUUCGACCUGACCAACCGGAAGAGCUUUGAGCACGUGCGAGAGUGGCAUCGGGAGGUGAGUGAGCACGUGCUGCCCUACCACAUGGUCUACAUCCUUAUUGGCCACAAGAGUGACCUGGACAAGGACCGCAAGGUGUCCCGCGAGGAGGCGGAGCGGUUGGCGGCCGAGCUGGGCGUGCGCUACGUAGAGACAUCGGCCAAGCGCAACAGUAACGUGGAUCGGGCCUUCGAGCUGCUCACGCGUGACAUCUACGAGCUGAUGAAGAUGGGUGAGAUCGAUGCCCGCGACGGCUGGGAGGGCGUCAAGACAGGUCUCAGCAACAAGGUGCUGUACCCUGUGGAGGAGGUGGUGGAGCGAGAGAAAAGCUGCAACUGCUGAGCAGACACCCGUACCCUCUAGACACCCCUGGUCCCAGACCCAUUUUCAUCCUCUUUUCUUCCAUCCACCUGAAGUAGGGGCAGGUCUGCUCUCUGUUAUAGGCCUCCUACGUAACAUUACAACACUACGCCCACUCCGGUCUGCAUCAAAGAGACCACCUGAACCCUAAACUCUCAUGCAUGCAAUCACAGGUGGUAUCACCAGCAGGAAGGCAUCAAGGCCUCAAUGGUCAAAACAGGCGCCCACAAACAUCUCUCCAGCAGCCACGCAAGUCUCAAGGGCUGCAUUUGCUUCUCGAGAUUGGGGUGGUCUGUCUGAGCUUUGCACUGGACCCUGGGCAUCAUGACAUCACAUUCUGAGGACAAUGCAUGGUUCUGGAUCUGUGCAUCUGUAUGUCUGUCCUGCUCCAUACCCUGGGCUCUCAACACCAGGGUUGCUCUACAGGACCUGAAUCGCAGGUAACAGCUCUGUCCAUGGCAGCGGAGAGCUGAUGGUAUGGCUCAUGUGUCUCACACAAGUGGUGGUGGUGGUUGAGGUGAAGGUGGAGGUGGAGGUGGAGGUGGAGGUGGUGGUGCAUGAAGAACAGGGUACAUCCACUGAGGUAGAGAGGCAGUUCUUGUAGGCCUUUUGCUCCACCUUGUGGUACAGAGUGACAGCACUGCAAGUUUGACCUACUUACAACAUCACUGGUCUGAAUGCAGACCCAAAUCUCACAGUCUCGGUUAGUUUUGUGGUGCCCACUUAUGACUGUAUAAAUGUUGAGUUUUACAUGCAAAAGAAUGGCUUUGUUGGUAUUCAUAAUGUACAUGUACAUAAAUAAGUGUACUUAGUCACAUUAACAUCACCUUGAAGAUUAGCGUGCAACACACUUCAGGACAUUAAAGCUUUAAACAUGAUGUGGAUGUUUAUUAUGAUAAUCAUUAUUGUUCCUGAGAAACACACCUCUAGGAGACUUGGUGCUUAAUUAAUGCCAACCCCAUUACUAUCAGUAAAUGAAUGAAAUGUAAUCAUUAUGUUCUCAAAAUGGAUAGUUACUGUUGAGCAGCAGAUGUGAUUUCAACAUGGGCACUGACAUUCACCUGCGUACACCUUCUGUACCCAGUUUUCAGACUGGGCGCAGUUUAGAGAUACCAGUGGUUCGUGUACAAAAUUACCUUCACGUCACUUUGAUGGACAUCCUACUUGUUUUGUGGUUUGUUUUCCUGGACUUUGUACUGUAGUUUGAA